AUGCGCGUCCUCGACAGCCUAGCCUUUGGCCUCCUCCACGCCGGCUUCGCCUCGGCGCAGACCAAGUACGCCGACAACCAGGUCCCCGUGUCGCGUGACAGCGAUCUCGUCUCCAAGCUCUUUCCGAACGUGGAGGUCGAGCUCUUCUCGCCCGCCUUUGCGAACCCGGAGACCGUCCCAAAGGGAUGGAACAACGGCACAUCGGGACCUACUGAUCAGGAUACCCUGGACUCCUUUCUCAGCGGCCUCGCCGACAAGCACGGCUGGCUGACCUACCACCAGCCUCCCUUCACAUCCGAAGACGGCCGCUCAAUCCCCUACGUCAACCUGUCCCUCUCAUCCCCCUCCAACCCAUCCGCCGACAAACUACGUAUCUGGAUCCAAGGCGGCGUCCACGGCAACGAGCCCGCCGGCGACCAGGCCGUCCUCGCCCUCCUCGGCAAGUUCGCCGCCAACGAAACCUGGACCCUCUCCGUCCUGGCCAAGGCUGAGAUCCUCGUCCUCCCGCGCUACAACCCGGAUGGCGUCGCCUACUUCCAGCGCGAGCUCGCAUCAAACUACGAUCCGAACCGCGACCACGCGCUGCUCCAACGCCGCCAGACGCGAGACAUCAAGAAGCUGCUCUCGACGUACGACCCGCACAUCUUCCUCGACGCGCACGAGUACACCGCCAGCCAGCAGCUCGGCGCCUCCCGUCAGUGGGUCAAGGCGCAGGACAUCCAAGUCUCGCACGUCAAGAACCCCAACAUCCACCCGUCCAUCCGCGCCCUCGGUGAGGGCCUCUUCUUGAAGUCCAUCCAGGACAAGGUCCGCGAGCACGGGCUCCGCACGAGCGCAUACUUCACCGCCGGCGGCGGGACGGACCUCCCCGUGCUCACGGAGCCCAGCUCCGUCAGCCGCGCGGGACACAACUCGGCCGGCCUGCUGCAGGCCGUGUCGUUCCUCACGGAAACCCGGGGCAUCCGCCUCGCGGACCAGCAUUUCCAGCGGCGCGUCGCGGCGGGCACGAUCGCGAUCGAGGCGCUCGUGCAGACGGCCGUCGACAACGCCGAGGAGGUCCUGUCCACCAUCGACACCGCUCGCAGAGAAUUCGUCGAGGGCAUCGACGAGAUUAUCGUCGUGGACCACGCGCGCGUGACGAACGCGACGUGGGACUUCAUUGACGUCCGCAACGGCACCGUCGUCAGCGUGCCGGUGCAAUUUCGCAACAGCACGCCCACGGAGGUGGAUCUCGCGCGCGCGCGGCCUGAAGCGUACGUCUUCCCGCGCGCGUGGGCCGACGUCGCCGAGAAGCUCGAGGUCCUCGGGGUGGAGGUUGAGACUCUGUCCGAGGAGUUCUCGGGGGAGGUCGAGGUGCUCACUGUGGAGACCCUGGGGCUCGCGGAGAGCAAAUACGAAGGUGUGGUGGAGGCCACCAUCACCACUUCCACUAUCCGCAAGGUUGUGAGCGUGCCCAAGGGCGGGUUCCGGGUGAGCACGAGGCAGAAGAACGCCGCGUUCGCGUUCGUGACGCUCGAGCCGGAGAACAACGCCAGCUUUGCGCGGUACAACGUGAUAGACCUGGCUGUUGGGGAUGAGUACCCCGUGUUCAGGGUCGUCGGCGCUCAAUAG